AGAGGGCAUCAUGGCUUCCGCCUGUGAGAGGUAUACAUAUGACUGUAUGAAGAUUUGAGGUUAGAAAACUGAUGGAGUAAAGAGAGAUCUCCAACAUAGCGAGUGUUAGGUAAUACGAGCCUGACCAUGGCAGGUGUACUCAAAAAGUCUACGAAUUUAAAAGGAUUGGCCGUUUGCAAGAAUCCGCACUUGGAGCUGACUCCGCUCUACCAAAGAAUCCUGAGAGUGAUAAGCAAGUUGCCGGAGGAUUACACCUACCGGAAAGAAACGGAGGAGCUUGUCAAAAAUAGAUUGAAAAUCGUGCAAAAGAACGAAAGCGUGCAAGCUAUAGAAGACAAGAUAGGUUGCGGACAGGUGGAGGAGCUGAUAAUACAGGCGAGGAACGAGAUAUCGCUGGCGGAGAAGAUGUUAGUCUGGAAGCCGUGGGAGAAACUGUUGCAGGAAGCACCGUCCAACCAGUGGGCGUGGCCGCCGCACAAAUAAUCUUAAUUCGUUAAAAUAUUUGUACAUAGCACGCAACCGAUAUCGAUGCUGGUAGAUCGCGCAUUGUGCCCACGCAAUGUUAUGCGACGUGUGUUGUUAUUUAAUAAAUGUCUCCCGUAACUCUAA